ACGAAGUUUAAACUAAAGUUGUGGUUGAAUUUAGAGCGUAUUUUUAGUGCAUGCUUGAGAAAAUUCGGGGAAAUCAAAUUUCACCAUCUGGUAACACUGGCACUAAUCAAAAGAAAACACAGAACAGCAACAUAUAGAAUAAUUUCGCACAUAAGUUGAUUUGCCACGACUGCCCGAUCCGCAAAUCCCUCCGCCGCCGCCCCAGAAGCCAUAGUUCCUCAUUUGCAGUGGAGUUCAGUGAGCGGCGCGUGAAAUUUACAUAUAAAUAUCGUAUAUAAAUCGAAGAUUACCCCCUACACCCCGCCCCCGCCCCCCGCCGACCAUGUCUAUGGAUCGCCUUGGUCGUUGGCCAGAUCGGAGUUAAAUGUGGGACUUAACUGGUGGACUAGAGUGACUAUGCGUUGGGAUCGAAACACCUCCUCCGAAUCAAGGUCCUCAUAGAGAGCAUUCCCGUGUCCCGCAGCCCGCGACCCACGCCCCCCGUUCCCAGUUCCCCAAACCCUGGACUCCGUGGUGCGAGUCCCCUGAGUGAGAUCCCGAUCCCGAUCCCGACGUGAAUCGCAAUGCUGCUGGUGCGCCAGCUGUUCGGGGCUUCGGCCAACUCGUGGGCCCGCGCCCUCAUCAUCUUCGUCCUGGCCUGGGUGGGCCUGGUGUAUGUGUUUGUGGUCAAGCUGACCAAUACCCAGGGCCAACAGGCCGCCGGCGAGAGUGAGCUCAAUGCCCGCCGCAUCUCCCAGGCCCUCCAGAUGCUGGAGCACACGCGCCAGCGCAACGAGGAGCUCAAACAGCUCAUCGACGAGCUGAUGAGUGACCAGCUGGACAAGCAGAGCGCACUGAAGCUGGUGCAGAGGCUGGAGAACGAUGCUUUGAGUCCAAAGCUGGCGGCGGAAGGCGCCGGUGUGGAACCAGAAUCCAUGUUCGAAUCGGCGCCCGCUGAUCUGCGCGGUUGGAACAAUGUGGCCGAGGCGGCACCCAACGAUCUGCUGGAGGGGGCUGGUGGCCCCGAACAUGUCGACUUCGAGCCCAGCCUGGAGUACGAGUUCACGCGCAGACGCAUCCAGACGAACAUCGCUGAGAUCUGGAACUUCUUCAGCAGCGAGCUGGGCAAGGUGCGCAAGUCGGUGGCCGCCGGCCAUGGCAAUGCCGAUCUGGAGGAGUCCAUCAACCAGGUGCUGCUGCAGGGCGCCGAGCACAAGCGCUCGCUGUUGAGCGACAUGGAGCGACUGCGUCAGUCCGAUGGCUACGAGUCGUGGCGCCACAAGGAGGCCCGCGACCUCAGCGAUUUGGUGCAGCGCCGCUUGCAUCACCUUCAGAAUCCCAGUGACUGUCAGAACGCUCGCAAGUUGGUCUGCAAGCUCAACAAGGGUUGCGGCUACGGCUGUCAACUGCAUCAUGUGGUGUAUUUUAUAGUGGCCUAUGCCACCGAGCGCACGCUCAUCCUGAAGUCGCGCGGCUGGCGGUAUCACAAAGGUGGCUGGGAGGAGGUGUUCCAGCCGGUGUCGAACAGCUGCCACGAUGCGGGCACCGCCAACACGUACAACUGGCCGGGCAAGCCGAACACCCAGGUGCUGGUGCUGCCCAUCAUCGACUCGCUGAUGCCGCGACCGCCGUACCUGCCGCUCGCCGUUCCCGAGGAUCUGGCGCCGCGUCUCAAGCGCCUGCACGGUGACCCCAUCGUCUGGUGGGUGGGCCAGUUCCUCAAGUAUUUGCUGCGACCGCAGACGCCGACGCGCGAUUUCCUCGUCGCUGGCAUGCGCAAUUUGGGUUGGGAGCGUCCAAUUGUGGGUGUCCAUGUACGUCGCACGGACAAAGUGGGCACGGAGGCGGCCUGCCACAGUGUGGAGGAGUAUAUGACCCAUGUGGAGGACUACUACCGCACGCUGGAGGUGAACGGCAGCAGUGUGGCGCGUCGCAUAUUCCUCGCCUCGGACGAUGCGCAGGUUAUUGAGGAGGCGCGCAGAAAGUACCCGCAGUACCAGAUCAUCGGUGAUCCGGAGGUGGCGCGCAUGGCGUCCGUGUCCACACGAUACACGGACACGGCGCUGAACGGGAUCAUUCUGGACAUCCAUCUGCUGUCCAUGUCCGAUCACCUGGUGUGCACAUUCUCGUCGCAGGUGUGCCGCGUGGCGUACGAGAUCAUGCAGACACUGUAUCCGGAUGCAGCGCAUCGGUUCAAGUCGCUGGACGACAUCUACUACUAUGGCGGCCAGAAUGCGCACAAUCGCCGCGUCGUCAUCGCGCACAAGCCGCGCACGCACGAGGAUCUGCAGCUGCGGGUCGGGGACCUCGUCUCGGUGGCCGGCAACCAUUGGGAUGGCAACUCGAAGGGCAAGAACACCCGCACCAACCAGGGCGGCCUGUUCCCCUCGUUCAAGGUGGAGGAGAAGGUGGACACCGCCAAGCUGCCCCUGUAUGCGGGCGUCUAGUGGGAUCCCAGCCAUGUUGGCCAUGUUGUUGAUUGAUCUGUGCACCCCAUUUUUAUUGCCGCAUUCCACCUGGAUCAGGAGUUUCCAUGGUGCACUUCGAUUCGGCUCGGAUCAGCAUAUCCAGAAUCUACAGAAUGUCCAAAAUCUCAAGUGAAAUCUCGCUCUCUAUGUUACAUACAUACAUAUAAUUGUCCUCAACUUCCUUUCCUUUCGUUCUUGUGACUUUUUCUUCGUGUUUUUACGGUCUGGCUCCGAUUCCGAUUCGGAUUCCGAUUCUGAUUCCGAAUCUAAUUCUUAUUCUGCAUUUGUACAAGUCUUUUAUUAAUUAGUAAGUCGAAAGCCGAAGAAAUUAUGUUGACAAGAAUAUACAUGAAUAUAUAUAUAAAUAAAUUAUAUAUAGGAGUGCAUGUAGGUUCACUAAGCGCAAUAUAGUCUAUCACUUGUAAAAUAGUUGAAGAAAACAAAAAAACAAAUAACACAAAAGAUGAACGCAAAACAAAACUAAAUCUGAUCAAAUUCAAGCGUCAAUAGUAAAAGAAAUAAAUAGUAAUGUUUUAAAAAGAAAA